AUCGACCCAUAUACCAUGAAAUUCAUUCCAGUCCAAUGGCCCCUGGUGUAUGCUGCACUGGCAUGGGCUUCUCCCUACCCUCCCUACCAACACCCUCUCCGGGCAGGGUCCCUCUCCACUCUCCGACAGCUUGAGGUGGCCGCAAUUCGAUCCGAGGCUGGCCAGGGGGUCAGCUUGUUUUGCUUGCUAGUCGAUGAGCAUCGCUUCGACGAGAUGGGCAAGGUGUUCACUUCUCCGGAUGUCCACAUCGAUCUACCCGAAGAUGGCUUCCGAAACCUGACCAAGCUGGAUACAUUUGUGCGAAAUUUAUAUAUCUACGCGGACUAUCCAUUUCAGCAUGCGAUUGGAGUUCCAUACGUAGAGGUUGAAGAAUCAAUGACAGUCGCUCAUGCAACCUCCCCUUUGAUUGCGACCAUUUUUGACGGCUACGAUGGCGAGAAAGCUCUAGCGAACGAGGUAGAAUACGGAUUCUAUAUGACGGAUCAUGUUCUCACCGAUGAUGGUUGGAGAAUUCAAAAUAUCUCAGCCAAGCCCCUCGGAAAGUACUUGGAAGAUUAGAUUUAUUAGCAUAGAAUCCUUUCCCGACCAUGCAAACUCUAGUUCGUAUUUUCCCGGAGCUUGAAAAAGGACAAUUUCGAUGUAUCGCACAGACAACUUAUUGAGCACCUAAUGUACCCACUGCACGGAGUACAUGGAAACAAGCAACCAGUAAUGAGUUACUAGGUUAAAAAGUUCUGUACGUGGACAGCUCAAUUGAAGAAACAUGCAAUUAGAAUGAGAAGGC